AUGUUCGAACCCACGGAACCCGGAAAGGAGUUGUGUAUUCACACUGGAGUUGUCCUAAGAGGUGCAAAUGUUCGAGAAGAUGAAGUACAUAGCUCUGGGACUUUGAAUAUUGUCGAAUAUAGUUUUGGUAAAUGCAUCGAAUGGAAGCCUCAAGAAGUAUCAGUAGUAUCAGAAAACCAAGACCAGGAUCCAGAAUGGUCAGUAGUAGAGUCUCACACUCGUCGCACCCGUACUUCUUCGGAAGGACCCGACUCUCUGGGGCGUGCUCGCACUGUCCGGAUCCUGUUCUUCGACCUGAAGUCAGUAAGAAUAAACCACGGUGGACAGCAGUUGAUCUUUAUGCAGAAAGACGGGACGACCUACGUCGCGUUUUUCCAGCUGUCCAACGCCGAGAGUUUCGUCAGUUCUCUCAAGGGGUUCAUUAAGUUUGAAAAAGCCAAGUCUGACAGAAAUUUGUUUCUCGUUUCUGACAGCGAGUACAGCAGCACAGUAUUGAAGAGCUCCUUCGCCGAGCUGGACCUAUUUCAAGAAAACACUUCUGACUAUGUUUGGAAGUUUGUUAAGAAUUUACACAAUCGUCCUUAUGAAACUACUCUAGAAGCUUUUAGCAAACUUGCUGAUAUUUGGCUUUAUAAAGAGCCAGUCAAGCAACCGGUAGAAGAAGCAGUUGCUGAUUUGUUAAAUAGGUCAUUAACCGUCGACUUGACAUCCCAAGCACUUGGUUCCAGCGGUUCUGGGGAAGAAUAUGAAGUUAUAGGCCAGCCAGGGCAUAAAAUAAUUCUACCUCCAAGGCCACCUUGUCCACGUGGUGCGCCUUUGUCACAAGAACAGUGGGAUAGGUGUAAAGAUUCUGAAGGAAGGAUUACUAAUCCAGAUGCUAUACGUGAAAUUAUAUUUCGUGGGGGAAUAAUUCCAUCAUUACGGUAUGAAGUAUGGAAAUUUUUAUUAAACUACUAUCCAUGGAACUCAACGGUAUCUGAAAGAAUAGAAUUAAAAAAAUUAAAAACUGACGAGUAUUACAGAAUGAAAUUACAGUGGAAGUCAAUGUCUGCUGAUCAAGAAACAAGAUUUUCAGAUUAUCGUGAUCGCAAAAGUCUUAUAGAAAAAGAUGUCAAUAGAACAGAUAGAACUCACCCGUAUUACUAUGGUGAAAAUAAUCCCCAUCUCUCUCAAUUGUACGACAUACUCAUGACUUAUAUAAUGUACAACUUUGACUUGGGGUACGUACAAGGUAUGAGCGACUUACUUAGUCCUAUAUUGUGUUUAAUGGACAGUGAAGUUGACGCUUUUUGGAGUUUCGUUGGAUUUAUGGACAAAGUUAGUUCAAAUUUUGAAAUGGAUCAAGCUGGAAUGAAAGCUCAAUUAUGUCAAUUAAAUAACUUACUUCAGAUAACCGAGCCACAACUGGCGCAGUAUUUAAUUAAAAACGAAUCCGGAAACAUGUUCUUUUGUUUCCGUUGGCUGCUUGUAUUAUUUAAGCGCGAGUUCAACGCUAUUGAUAUAAUUAAACUCUGGGAGGUAUUAUGGACUGAUUUACCUUGUAAAAAUUUCCACUUGUUAAUCUGUACGGCGAUACUUGACACGGAAAAAAGCGCGCUCAUGGAAAAUCGCUAUGGCUUUACUGAAAUUUUAAAGCACAUUAAUGAUCUAUCUCUUCACAUUGAAUUACCGUGGACAUUAUCAAAAGCCGAGGGUAUUUACCACCAAUUAAUGGCAGUCGCUCCGAAUUUGCCAGACCACAUACGGACAGUAAUCGGUCUGGAGCCACUAAACAACACAUCGCCUUCGACGAGCGAUCUGGAUGAAGAGAGUAACGAUGUUACUGUGACAAACGAUCAAACAGCCGAUGGUGAUAGUUUUAACGGCGAAAAAACUUCUAACAGGAGGGACAGCAACGAGAGCGGUAACAUUAAAAUCGGGAAUGACGAAGUUGCAUUUGAGCGCGGGUUAAAUAUGUUUUAUAUGUAA